UCAUAUUUUUUUGGAGAAAGGACAAUUCCUUGUUUGUGUCCAUUCCAUCGCUUCACGCUAUGAACAUGACAUUUGGGAUUGUUACUGAAUGCAACCUAUUUAGUUUUUUCCUAUGUCCCGCGAAGGUGUCGCCCCUUGCCCCGCCCUCCGCUGCUGUGACGUCAUCGGCCUUGCUUUCAGCACAUGGACGUCGGUGUGAAGGUCUGAACGGAGCUGGGAGGGAGGAGUGCUGUGCUGUGCUGCCUACCUCCGUCAAAGCCGAGCAGCCUCCGCCCUCCGCCUCCAGUCCGCCGCCUGCCUGCCAGCCUCGACGACGACAACCAGCCAGCUCGCCGCCCCCCUUUUCCAGCGUCUGCGAGUCCCCCCCGGGCCGCAUCACCGGGAUUUCUUGGACGUCUCUGCGAACUUUGUUGGUUUGUUGCCGUCGACCACAUUUGGAGAAAAUGGCCAGACCUCUUCCCGUCAACACAACUUUCCUGCAGCCGACCCACGGCGUGCUAAAGUCGCUGCUGGAGAACCCGCUCAAGCUGCCUUUCCACCACGAAGAAGGCUUUGGCAAGGAGAAGGACAAAGAGAAGAAACUCGAGGAUGAGAGCGGCGCAGCCAACCCUCCCCAGUCAGCCUUCCUGGGGCCGACUCUGUGGGACAAGACUCUGCCGUACGACGGCGACAACUUCCAGCUGGAGUACAUGGACCUGGAGGAGUUCCUGUCCGAGAACGGCAUUCCCGCCAACACGGCGCAAAGCGACCGGCAGCAACAGCAGGUGGCGCCGCCUCCCUCCCACCCCCCGCAGCCCCCCCAAGCCCCGGCCGCCCCCUCGGUGGUGGACCUGAGUAGCCGCGCCACCACCUCGGUGCACGCCGGCAUGCCGCUGCAGCGACAGCAGCAGACGUGUUUGCGCAGCCCCAACGCCGCAGCGGCGGCGGCGGCGGCGUCGUCGUCUUCGCGCGACACGCCCAGUCCCAUCGACCCGGAGUCCAUCCAGGUGGCGCUGAGCUACGAGCCCGACCCGGCCGACCUGGCGCUGUCGAGCGUGCCGGGACAGGCCGUGUUCGACCCGCGCAAGCACAAGUUCACGCCUGAGGAGCUCAAGCCGCAGCCCAUGAUCAAGAAGGCCCGUAAGGUCUUCAUACCCGAAGACCUCAAGGACGACAAGUACUGGGCGCGGCGCAGAAAGAACAACGUGGCGGCCAAGCGGUCGCGGGAUGCGCGGCGGCUCAAGGAGAACCAGAUCGCCAUCCGCGCCGGCUUCCUGGAGAAGGAGAAUGCCGCGCUGCGCCUGGAGGUGGCCGACCUGCGCAAGGAGCUCGGACGCUGCAAGAACGUCGUGGCCAAAUACCAGGCCAGGCACGGCCCCCUGUAAUCAGACACCUGCCCCCUGAAGCCCCCCGCCCCCACCCGCCCGCAGCCAGACCUCCCUUUAAGGACUAUGUCGUCAUCACCCUCCUGCCCCCCAACGCACACAAUCGCACACAUGAAAGCCCCUUUCACACUGCCUAUGGAGUGUACAUUUAUCAACUUUCACAGAACUCGGCAAAGCAGCACAUUCCGUAGUUGAAAAGCUGUCCUAAAAAUGCUUUGAUGUUAAUUAGAAUCGGGGUUGCAAAAAGUGGGACAUUUGUGGAUAGUUGUUGGUAAGUUUCUGGAAGAUUGGGGGUCAUUUUCAGCAAAUUUCUGGAAAAUGUUAGCUACAUUUCUGUAAAAUGUCAAUUUCUUAAAACAUUUCCUGUAAAUUUCUAGAAUUUUUGGGGGGUAAAUUUCUGGACAAUUUCCAGAAAAUGUCUGAUAAAUUUAUGGGAAUUGUCUUGUACAUUUCUGGAAAAAAAGCCCAUAAAUUUCUAGAAUUGAAUUUCUCAAAAACGUCUAAAUUGAAGGUCCCGUCUAACGAAUAAAUGUUAUGUUUUCUUGUUUGGAUUUUGGUUGUUUUAUAGUCAGGAUUAUGCUAAAACUCUUUUAAAGGUCAUUUUUAAGAGGCAACCUUCAAUUUUGUAAGUUGCUGCUUUGUUCUCAUUUCUUUUAUGGAUGUGAAAUUCCCAUGCAAAGUUUCCACCGGUGAAAAUUCCCAGAAAUUUGCAACCCUAAUUCCGUUUAAUUGAUGACGGUAAAAAAUGAAGGCGUUCCAACCGUCCAUGCAAAACAAAGCAGCGCUAAUGUUAGUGACCUAGACAUUGCUUUGGUGUUAGCAUCAUGUUAGCAUUAGCAUUAGUAGUCCAAAUGAAGCAGAAAUGUCAUUUCUUGAUUUGUUUUGACAGUCAGCCACAGUUUGAAAGUGUGCUCGUGACAACUACUGGAUUUAAAGAAACACACACCCAUAAAAAAAAAAAAACCCACACGUUUGUGUAUUUCACGCAAUAUUGUGAACUAUUAGUAUUUAUUUUUACCUUUCACACAAACAAAAAAAGUCAGGCCGCCAUCUUUGAUGUUUAGUGUGAAAGGCGCCUAAUUUUUUUUCUCGCAUUUUGACUCCCCCAACCCCAGUGUUCAAUCCAUCACGAUGAGGACGUACCCCACUGACGAUACUUUUUUUUGUUUGUUUUUUUAACCUCCUCCUCCUCUGGAUGUUUUGUCUCAAUGGUCUCAAUUUUGAUUGACUGACAACACACAUUCUCUUCUUCCUCAUCAAUUUGUGCACUACAGCGUAGUUCAUAAUCGUCUUUCUCCGUUGUUCUGCCCUCUUUUCAAUUGUCGUUUUUCCAGCAUGAUUUCAUCCUUUUCCCCUUUCUUUGAUUUUCAUUUUUUUGUUGUUGCAAUAUUAUUUUUUUCCGCUUGUAUUGAACAUAGCAUGUACUCCCAACCCCCUUACCUUUCACCCCAUCCCAUGUGGUAGAGCCUUUUGUGUCUGCGUAGCCGCCGCCGCCGCCAUCGCCACCGCCCGUCUGGCCUACAAGAUGGUGGCACGAAUGUAAAAGAAGAUAGGGUUUGUUUUUUUUUUAAGGGGGGGGGGGGGGGGUCUGUGGGGGUGGCAGACGGCGUCCAGUUUGUUGCAGACCAAACCAAUCACUUACAGAGAUGAUAUAUUGGUUACCAGAGAUGUUUAUAUAUAAAACCUAUAAAUCUAUGUUGUGGUUUUGUACAGUAUUUUUCCUAUACAUUUACUUAAUAUGUAUUUUAAAGGCACAACAGAUCCAGAAUAUUAUUAAAGAUUACAACAAAACAAA